AUGGGCUCUCAACCUCCGAUCCACAAGCGACUCAUUGUCUGCUGCGAUGGGACGUGGCUGAAUAGCGACAACGGCUAUAACGAGCCGACUCUAGAACAUCCACUGCCGACUCUUCAAGUGCCGUCAAACGUGACUCGAAUUAGCCGUUGUUUCAAGCGUCGAUGCAACGAUGGCACGCUACAAGUCAUGACAUAUGAAUCCGGCGUGGGAACUGGCAGCAAUGCUAUCGAUACUUUUACAGGAGGCGCAUUUGGCCUAGGUCUCUCUGAGCGAGUUCGCGAUGCGUACUCAUACUUAUGCCUCAAUCACAUAGACGGCGAUGAAAUAUUCCUGGUUGGGUUUUCCAGAGGGGCCUUUACAGCUCGAUCGGUUGCUGGAAUGGUUGGUAAUCUGGGUCUUCUCACUAGAGAAGGCUUGGAAUACUUUUACCCCAUCUUCAAAGAUAUGGAGAAUUGGAAUAAUGACGGGUAUCAAGACGAGUUUCCAGGACAACCCUUUGACAAUAAGCCCAAGGGGCCAAAUGCAGCGGCCGUGUACCGAGAAAGACUCGAAAAGCUGGGAUAUACUCGCGUGUACCAAGAGAGCGGCGAUUUGAUCAAGAUAAAGGCCGUUUGUGUUUGGGACACUGUCGGCACUAACUGCCACAGCACAUAUAGAUGGCAUGAUACCUCAUUAUCGGAUAGAAUAGAGCAUGCAUUUCAGGCACUCGCCCUAGAUGAAACCCGUGCUCCAUUCAGCCCAGCCGUCUGGGAACGCCUCCCGCAGAACAAAAUGACGACCGAGCUUAGACAGGUCUGGUUCCCUGGCAAUCAUGGCAAUUGCGGCGGUGGAUGGCCAGACCAGGAAGCCGCCGAUGCUUCACUUGCAUGGAUGAUGGAUCAGAUGGCAUCUGUGGGAGUCGAAUUUGACUUGUCAUGUCUUGAGAGGGUGGCACAAAGCACCAUCAGCUAUUAUAAAAGCCAAAGAGCCGCUUCAAAGAAAAGGGGUCCACAGUGGGCUAUUGAUCCCAUCUACUCGAAUAACCAACCGGUGAGGCCAUGGGCACUUGGGCCCAUCAAUAAAGCUGGCAACUUCAUAUACAGACUCGCAGGCUUCGAAAACAGGACGCCUGGCUUGUAUAAGCGAACUGACCCCAAGACAGACCGCGAGACCAACGUAUUCCUGCAGGACACCAACGAGCGCAUUCAUUGCUCUGCGAGGGUUAGGCUGGCCUGUAAAGGUCUUGGCUUGGAUGAUAAAGCCGUUUGGACCUGUCCAUCACUAUCGAACUGGCAAUUGAAGCAUACCAAUGAAACGUACAAGGACCCCAUCCCUCAAAACCCAGACUGGUGGCAAGGCCCUCGUGAUGAAUCUGGAGUCGACAGGCGGCAAGGCGGAAGAUGGAUUUGGGAAUACGCCGGGCCAAAGAGCGCCGAACCCACGGAUCCCAAGCAGAGGAUCAUGGUGGAGGAGCCCCUAGGGCCGUAUGAACGGUAUCUUCUUCAGCUCUCUGCGGGAACGCCAAAUGUUUACCUGUUUGCUGAGUCUCGAGACAUUGUCUGGCAAGGGAAGACGAUUCCGGCUCCGCGAAGUGGAAAGGAGUAA